AUGGACAAAAAGGGCAACUUUGAAAGGUUAAGGCAGAAGUUGAAGAGUGAUUUAUUUAAGAACGAGUCUAACCAAAAACAGCAUGCCGAAGAAAUAAUAAACUAGUGUCCGUAGAUCUUGGACUAUGUUCAUUGCUCGAGUCAAAGUGAAUUUAAAGAGGAGCCGACUCAAUUGAUAGAUUAUAUCUCAAAUCAGAAACAUUUGGAGCAGAUGAAGCAUUCCUUCUAGAAUUAAUACUAAAUAGGUAAGAUAUUAGGCGAAGGGGCACAUGCUGUCGUUCGAUAAUGUUGGCAAAUUACAAAUCCCGAUGAAACCUAUGCAGUCAAAAUUACAAGGAAUCCUGAUCCCGAAAUCACAGAGAUUAUGAAAGAAACUUUCCUUAAUACAGUCUCCUUGAAUCAUCCUUACAUCUGCAAAACCAAUAUGCUUUACAUAGAUCCUAAUAUGGAGUGUUCGUAUCUCGUCAUGGAAUAUUUGCCAUAUCCCAGUCUACAACAAAUACUUAGGGAAAGAUAGAUUUUGGAAUUUGAGGAUGUCCGCUCUAUUAUGAGGCAAUUAUUUGAAGCGCUAUCAUAUAUUCACAAAGUCGGAUUAUGUCAUAGAGAUAUUAAACCAGACAACAUAGUAUAUGAUAAUGAUUCAAACUCAAUUAAAGUCAUUGACUUUGGGGUUUCAAAAAGAUUUCUUCUUACUGAAAAAAGCUGUAAAGACAUUAAAAAUAACCUUUUAUGGACGGUUACUGGAACUAUGCCAUAUCAAGCUCCAGAAUUGUGGACAGGGUCGGGAUACUCCAAUAAAAUUGAUAUAUGGGCAGCUGGAGUGGUUUGCUAUCAGAUGUUGUGUGGAAGACUACCUUUGGAUUAAGAAAACUAAAUGGAAAGUUUUUCUACUUAAACUGAAUAUACUGGCCAUUUUCAGGAGGAAUAGUUUAUCAAACUCCCUCCUUUAAUUAUCGAUUUCAUCAAAAGAAUAUUAAAAUGGAACCCAGACAAAAGAAUUACAUCCUAAGAGGCUCUCCUUCAUCCUUGGCUUUAUUAACCAAAGUUAAUGCCUAAAUAUUACAAAGGAAAAUCUAAGGAUGAUAUAUUCUCUCGAUCAAGUGACAAGCCUCUUUUGGCAAUUGUUAGGUCUAUGUAAGCUAAUGUAAAAAUAUUUUAAUAAUCUGUUUCAAGUGUCAACGAGAAUUUCCUUGACAAAAACAAUUUCAACAAAAAUCAUGGAUAAAUUAUAAUCGGUUUCAAAGAAACUAGUCAACAAAUAAGAGAAAAAUCCAUUCACUUUCAAUAAUCAAUUCAUUCUAUGAAUCUCAACAAAUGCACUCUUAAACCUAACACAGAGGAUGUCAAAGACUUCUUUGACAUCAUUAGUUAUUGCGAUAGUAAUUCCUCAUUUGAAGCUAUUGAAGAGAAACAAUAAUUAUAAGCCUAACAAUAAAAAUAGGCUUAACAAUAAUAACAACAAUAAAAAUAAUCUUAAUAACAACAACAAUAAAAAAUUGGAUUUUCUUAAAGGUUAGGAAUUAUCAAAGAAGAGCCAGAAACCCCUUUAGUAAACAAUUUCAUUCCUAAUAUUCAUAAACAAGUUGAAAGUUGA